GCAGUCUCUGCAUCCCUUCUUCUUAACCCGCACGCACGCGCGGCGCCGGCGAGGCCACACCCCACGACGAGACGCCGCCCACCACCCGCCGCCACCGCCACCGCCACCGCCAUGCGGCUCCCCGCCGGCGCUCGCCUCGCACUCCUGCUCGCCCGCCGCUCCCUCUCCUCCGCAUCCUCCUCCGCCGCCGCCGCCCACUUCCCGCGCGCGCGCGCAGGGAUAUGGAGCGAUGCGGCUCGCGCGGCGCCCUCUCGGGCCUCGCCCUUCUCGUCUCCGAGCACCGCCCACAGGCUCUUCCACGGGACUAGGCCGGUGGCUGCGAGGGACUACUACGAUGUGCUUGGCGUCAGCAAGAAUGCGAGCCAGGCCGAUAUUAAGAAGGCGUAUUACGGGCUUGCAAAGAAGCUUCAUCCAGACACAAAUAAAGGUGAUGCGGAUGCAGAACGUAAGUUUCAAGAGGUUCAACGAGCUUAUGAGACUUUGAAGGAUGAGGAAAAAAGAUCAUUCUAUGAUCAGGUUGGCCCCGAUCAAUAUGAGAAAGCUUCUGCUGCUGGAGGUGGAACUGGCAACCCAUUUGAGGGUGGUUUUGGGAAUCCAUUUGAGGAUCUUUUUCCUGGUGGUGGGGCUGGCGGAGGCGGAAUGAAUGAUUUCUUUAGGAACAUUUUCAGGGAUAGGGAUUUUGGAGGACGUGAUGUUAAGGUUGCACUUGAAAUAUCAUUUAUGGAAGCAGUUCAAGGGUGCACCAAAACGAUCAACUUUCAAACUUCUGUAACAUGUGAAACCUGCGGUGGAGCUGGUGUGCCUCCUGGAACCAAACCUGAAACAUGUGCAACUUGCAGGGGUUCAGGAUUUAUGUUCAUGCAAACUGGACCCUUUAGGAUGCAAUCCACAUGUACAAAAUGUGGUGGUUCUGGGAAGACUGUGAAGGAUUUCUGCAAGACCUGCAAAGGGAACAAAGUUGUGCCUGGAACGAAAUCAGUUCGCCUUGAUAUACUGCCUGGUUUGGAUAACGAGGAUACUAUAAAGGUGAUGAGAUCAGGUGGAGCAGAUCCAGAUGGCCGUCCAGGUGAUCUUUAUGUGACCCUCAAGGUUCAUGAGGAUCCUGUAUUCCGAAGAGAGAAAGGUGAUAUCCAUGUUGAUGCUGUCCUGAAUGUGACUCAGGCAAUUUUGGGAGGGACGGUUCAAGUCCCAACUCUCAGUGGAGAUGUCGUUCUGAAGGUCAAGCCCGGUACUCAACCUGGUCAGAAGGUAGUUCUGAGAGGGAAAGGUAUCAAGACAAGAAACUCAUCAUACUACGGAGACCAAUAUGUGCAUUUCAAUGUCAACAUCCCUGUGAAUUUGACACCGAGACAGCGGGUGCUGAUCGAGGAAUUUGCAAAGGAAGAACAAGGCGAAGAAGAUAAGGAUGCGAAGGCAGCCAGUGCAUCAGGAUAGCCAAUUUUAGGAGCCAUCCACAUUUCAAUAGCACCUUAGCUGAUCUUAUAUCAUCAUAUGAGGUAGAAUAGGCUGCUGCCUGAAAUUCUCAGGGGCAAGAUAUAGUUGGGUAGCGUGGAAUUUCCACUGCAACAUAUAGAUCUUUGUUUGAGAUUUUGUAGCUGGAAUAAUGCUAGACCACCCUGCCCGAUGGGUGUAAUCCUAAGCUUAACACCAGCAAGACGUGCAGGGUGGUUGUAUAAUUUUGUGGAUCAGGGUGACUAUAUGUAUUAUAACACACGGUACUGAUGCCAAUUCAUGUCUCCUGUUGAGGUUUUCGGUUUUUCAGAUAUCAGACGAACUACUGCAGUUCCUGUCAAAAUUUUCUAUCUGUUCUUGAGUAUAAAGAUCUCUCUUGUAUGUUUACGAGAAAUAUACACAAAUGUAACUUGUUCUGUAGUUUCUCUUCGCUGAGCUGUUAACAGCAUGGACGCUUGUUCUGUUUUCUUCUCCAUACAAAAAAAAAAGUUGGCUUGAGCGAUUCUGUCCGCAGCCUACUCCGGCACCAGAUGCAUCCCCAACAGAAGUGUUGCUGUCGUCACGAAUUCCCCAAAAGAAAUGGUGUCGUCGUCUCGACGCAGCACCAUAGGAGGGAGGGCGCCGCGAUGCUGAGGCCCGCGCUGGCGUGCUGCAAGCUCUACAUCUCCGAGGCCCGCAACGCGCCGGCGCUGCGCGCCAUCGAGCGCGCCGCGGCGGGGCUCCGCCCGGCGGCCGGGCUCGUCAACGCGUUCGCCGACGACGCCUACAACAGGGUCGGGUACACGCUCGUCUCCCCACUCGCGGGCGGCGGCGGCGGUAACUCGGCCCCGCCGCCGCUGCAUCGCGCGGCGUUCGGCGUGGUCGCGGCCGCGCUCGAGGCCGUCGACUUCGGCGCCCACGCCGGCGCGCACCCGAGGCUCGGCGUCGUCGACCACAUCGCCUUCCAUCCCCUGGCCGGGGCCCACCUCGACGACGUCGCCGCGCUCACCAGGGCGGUGGCCGCUGACAUCGGAGACAAGCUUCAAGUGCCAACAUAUCUGUACGGAGCAGCUCACAGAGACGGCAGAAGGCUGGCGUCCAUCAGGAGGCAGCUCGGCUACUUCACGCCCAACUCUCCCGGCGAGCAAUGGCGUGGCGCGCCGGACUCCUCAUCCCUGCCCGUCGCCCCGGACGCCGGCCCCGCGACGCCGUCGAGGUCCAAGGGCGUGGUGGCCAUCGGCGCGACAGCCUGGGUCGACAACUACAACGUGCCCGUGCACACGGCCGACGUCGCGGCGGCGAAGCGGAUCGCGCGGGCGGUCAGCGAGCGCGGCGGCGGGCUCAGGUCCGUGCAGGCGAUGGGGCUCGCGCACGGCGAGGGCGUCACCGAGGUCGCCUGCAACCUGCUCGACCCGGCGAGGGUGGGGGCGGAGCAGGUGCAGGAGAGGGUGCGGCAGCUAGCCGCCGAGCAGGGGCUCGCUGUCGGCGAGGGAUACUUCACUGACUUCUCCCAGGAGAGGACCGUCGAGCUGUACAUGCAGUCAGCUGAAGCCGACGCUUCCCAGCAGUGACUUGAGUAAUUUUUGCACCGUGGGAAAACAAGUUAUGGCAGCAUCAUGCCAUAUUUGAAUAAUGAUUUUCUCGAGCACAAAGUAGAAUUAAUUAAGGAGCAAAAAACUAAUGAAAUUAAAGAUCUUCAUAGUC